AGGGAGGCAAUAGUAAGGAAAUGUCAACAGUCCUCGGCUGCCAACUCCAUCCUGAGGAACCUAAACAAGGGCCAGUGGCAGAACUUUAAGGAAGAGCUGCCCUUGCAAAGCACUCCUUCUGCUUCCCAGCACCGCCACCAUGUCUUUGGCUGGAGUGAAGUGCCUGGUGACAGGAGCUGGUGGGUUUCUUGGUCAAAGGAUCGUGUGCCAGUUGCUGGAGGAAGAAGAGGGUCUGGCCGAGAUCCGAGCCACAGACAAAGCCAUCAGCUCCGAGGCACUCAGGCGUUUUGGAAAACAGAAGACUAAAACUCUCUUGACAACUAUGCAAGGGGAUAUCCGGGAUGCGGCAUUUCUCCACAAAGCCGUCCAAGGUGUCUCGCUUGUCAUCCACACGGCUUGCAUCAUUGACACCUUGGGACACGUAGACAGACAGACACUCUGGGAUGUCAACGUAAGAGGUACCCAGCUGCUCCUGGAAGCCUGCCUCCGCAAUGAUGUCCAGUAUUUUGUCUACACCAGCAGCCUUGAAGUGACAGGUCCAAACAGCAGAGGCGACCCCAUCUUUAAUGGAGACGAAGACACAGUGUACCAGAGAACCAAAACGUUUCCUUAUGCUGAAACUAAGAAAGAGGCAGAGAAAUCUGUGCUGGAACUGGAUAGCCAACCAUUGCAAGAUGGCAGCCGUUUUGUGACCUGUGCUUUGAGAUCCAUGUUUAUCUUUGGAGAAGAAAGUCCUUUCCUUCUGCUCCAUCUUGAUGAAACCAUCCAAAACGAUAAUGUCUUCUACAGAAUGUCCAGGAAGGAAGCUCUUGUAAAUCCUGUCUAUGUGGGAAACAUUGCUUGGGGUCAUAUUCAAGUGGCUAAAGCCAUGAGGGAUCCAGAAAAGGUCCAGCACAUUCGAGGAAAAUUCUAUUACAUAUCAGAUGAUACUCCCCAUUUAAGCUAUGCAGACUUCACUUAUGAGCUGAUCAAGGAGCUGGGCUAUGGCAUCGCCCCCAAGCUACCAAUGCCCCUGACCAUGCUCUAUUACUAUGCUCUGUUGCUGGAGAUUGUGAGCUUCUUGCUCCAGCCUUUUGUCAGAUACAUCCCCACCCUCAACCGUCCCCUUCUGACCUUGCUCAAUACCCCGUUUACCUUUUCUUACAGGAAAGCUCAAAGGGAUUUUGGCUACGCCCCUCGCUACUCAUGGAAAGAAGCCAAGCAGCUCACAGGUCAGUGGAUUGCCAAAAUAGAUCCACUGAGAAGAGCCUACCUGAAAAACAAGGCUCUCUAAAGGUGGCCUCCAUGGGCAGGAUGAAGAGGCGGCAGGAGCCAAAGCAAGGAGGGCGGGGACAGAAGGGGUCAACAGAGCACCCAAAGUGUGAAAUAUCUGAAUAAAAGAUAACAAGCCUUUUAUUUGCUGCGGAUAUUACAUUAGUAAUCUGAUAAGCUUUCAGGCCUACCUCCCUGGUUCUUGCACCAGCUCUCAUGGGCCAUCAUCUACUCCUAUUAUUUAAAACAGUAGUAAUUUGUGACAAUAUUUAUUCCCCUGAAGGAAUGAAUAGAAAAGCUGGCCACUACAGUUAUGUUGAAUCUUUUGGAGCCCGUGGCUUUAUAUUCACAGCAGGGCUCAGUUCCCCACAGCAACUCCCACCUAUAAGGAAGGUGUCUUGGCAGCACAUGUACAACUAUGAUUUGGCUGCACAUGCCUCUUUGAUUAAAAACGUUUUUUUUGUUAGGGCAUUCCCCAAAUGUUGAUACCUGUUUUCAGCUGUCUUCUGUACUGUUAUUAAAGUAUUUUAUUUAUGCAAAACCACCAACAACCAUACAAGUUAACAUCCAUUAGCAAACCCUUCUGUACCUGCAACCCACGGGCCAAUCUUGGCUCACCAGGUGGCUCAAUUUGGCCCAUGAGGCCAUUUACACACCCGCACCCACCUGUCAUUCAGCUGACGUCACUUGUGAUGUUAGCUAACGGGCAGCAGGGUGGAGUUCAAUUCUGCCUUGGCUGAGCAAACAGGCACUAGCAGCCAAAACAAGAGCUGGUCCCCCACUUGUCAGCUGACAAGCGGCGCUUAAAUCCUGCUGUUUGGCUGUGUACACGUCUUCCCUACUGGGAACAGUCAUGUGCCGCCAAAGCUCUGGGUUUUUGCAGGCAUUUCCUGCAGGAGUGAAGUGAUGAGGGGAGAAAUAUGCCUUUUGGAAACAUCAGCAGAGUAUGGCAGAAGUCCUGCCGGCUGCCUAUGCUUGCAAACCAUACCUUUCUUUCUCUGCUGUCCAUCAACUGACAGGGAGGCGAGAAAGAAAGGUGUCUAGUCCCAGCCUAUGCUUGCAAAAGGUGUUUCGGCAAACAUCUGCAAAGUUGAAGCUGCUUCUGUCUCAGCUAUGCUCUUUGAAGCUUCAAACGGGGGACAGAUAUGCACAGGCUUUAAAUGCAGCUUUUCAGAGAUGUAAACAAGCAGCAUAAAGCUUCAAAGAGCAUCCUUGAGCAAUGCUCGGAGAUUUAAAGGAGUAUCAAGGCUGUUUUAAAACCCUUUGCAAGCAACAAAGAGCUUUCAAUCAGCCUUCCCCUUCUUGCUGUACUUUGAAGUCCCAAUGGGCUUCAAAGCACAGCAGCAUCUGAUGUCACCAUGACAUCAGAUGACUGGCAGAUGGGCAGCCCCACACACUUGGCAGAUUUGGCCCACCAGGGGUCUGGGAGAGAAUGAUCAGCACAACCAUCCAGAAAAGAUUCCCCACCCGUUUUAUAACAUUCCUAAGUUUUAUCAUCAUAGUUCCACUGUGUUGAUGUUUUAAGCCAUUGAUGUAACCUGCUUUUGGAUUUUUAAAAUAAAAAGCAGUUUAGAAAUUAUUUUAAAUUAAAAAUUAAUAGAUAAAUAUUAAUUUUCCCCAAACACAGUCUAGAAAUAUAGAUUGUUGUGCUUAAGGCAUGAGACAGAUCUGGGUAACAGCCAGUCUUAAUGGUUUAAUAAAAGAGGAUCAGUCAGUCAUCCCAGAAUCCUAGGUGUUACACACAGGAUACCUGCAACCUCCUAACAAAGAUUAAUUCAUCUACAGUCUCCAUCUUCAGACUGAGUUUAAAUGCAGACUUCAAGGUUUCCAAGAUUCAGUUGUUUUUUACUUUUGUCCACAUCCCACCAACUCCUGCUUUGCAUAACAUCCCACCUGUUGACUCGUGCAUCGUGUAACAUCUGUGGGCUUCGGAGGGGUUUUUUCCUUUUUUUGUAAUGGACCAACAUGGCUGCCCUUCUUUUUAUGUGCCAUAUAAUCCGGUAAGCUUGUUUUUU